AUGCAGAAGCGGCGUACUGCGUCAGCGACGGUGCUUCCACAGGAGGUGGUGGUGCCGCAUCCUCCAAUGUCGGGGACCUCAGCGGCAGCACCACGCCAUCGCAGUUACCAAGCGAACACCACCGCGAGUAGCCGCCCGCGGCAUGUUUCGCUCAACCCGCCGAGGCACGUGCCGAGGUGCAUUUUUACUGCACCCACUUCUGUCCCGUGGGCUUGCACCCUGCGCCGCUCUGACGACAUCUUUGCAACCAUAUCGCGCAGCCGACAGCGCCAUCCAAAGAAGGCGGGUGGGGAGGACCCUUUGCCACUGGUGAAAUCUUCCGCGGUCCCUUCCGCAGACGAGGUGAAGUCCCUCGCGGUGCACUGCGUGCCGUUUGGAGAGAAGAAGCUCAGCAUGGAAGGAGGUGAGGAUUCGUCGCACCUCAACGGUCUUUUUGAUGGCGGCUUGUCAAGCUCCACGCUCGUUGCGUGGCCUCCGAAGGAGCCGCGGCGUCUGUCGAGUCAGCUGGGCCGCUCACUGAGGCUAAAACUCGACACCGCCGCUAUCGAAGAGGAGCUUGGGUGCUCGACCAAUUCGCCGCUAGAAAACACUGUGAGCCUCACGGACUCGCAGCUGGUCAAGUUCGCCGCGUACGACACCCUGCGCCUUCUUUUCCUUCCCAUCUGGAAGCUCUACCGUUUUCACAAGCAGAUGGUGCAGACGAUGGCGAUUGUGGCCAAGUACGCGCAUCCCAAGAUCUUCCAGCGGCGGCAGCGUUGCAGCGAACGGGCUCCUGACACAAUUCUUCCCAAGCUUCGGAUUCCACACACGAAGCUGCGCUGGGCCGCUUAUUUCCUAGAAACGCAAGCGGUGUGCAUUCAGAGUGCAUUCCGGCGCCACCAUGCCCGCGUGCAGGCCGUGGUGGAGCUCAAUUACCGCAAAGUGCGUCGAGAUGUAGAAGAGGCGUACUGGGCGACCGUGGUGGCACAGCGUGAGGCUGAGCUCACCCAGCAGCAAUACCCCUUUAACGCCCUGUCAAAUGCCGUGCGACAAGUGAUUGAGGCGAGUGCCGAGUCGAAGAUGCGCACUGACACCACUACCCACCGCACCAACCUUCUCAGCCCCGCCGCCAACUCGACGCCUGCUACAGAGGCUCCCAGCUACGAGCUGGACGUCUACAACUUCUUCAUGAUCGGCCGACUGCCCGAGUCGCUGCUCCGGUUCGAGACGACCUCCGCUGUGUUUGCGCAACUUAGGCGGUCUGCUGCGCGAGCGCACUUGAUAGACGAUUUCUCGUCGACACGGGCUCGGCGUUCGGCCAGGGAAGAGCUUCGGAAACCGAACGACAUCCCAUCGACACACAAGCCUGUUGUGUGCAGAAGAAAGUGCCAUGCGCAGCUGCCGCACUUCCUGCCGGAGAGCGUGUACGUCGCUAUUCUCAACAACACUUGUUACAUGACGAGCCUCAUGCGCGACGACCGCAUGCUGCGGGCUCACCUACACCAACAGAAGCAUCCUUUGGAACCGUACUGA